AUGUCUUCUAUCAAGUUGUCUGCGACUCCGGUUCCACAUGCGGAGCUCCCAGCCUAUCUCGAAAAACACAAUAAGACCCCCGUGGUAGAUCUCUUCAAACCAUACCGUGUCUUCGAGAAUGAGCUGAGGGCACUUUAUGCCCAGGAACCCGACAAUGAAGCACUCAAGGAUCCUUACAUCAACGUGCUGCCGCUUUUCGCCCCAAACAUGUCACAGAUCAAGAUUCGGGCCCGCAACCUGAAGGUUGAGUCUGCAAAGGAGAGGAGCAAGUACAUUAUGGCCCUGCCUAAUGACAAGCGCCAGCGCAAUGGUUCUCCUGCAAUUGUGGAGUCCAUCGGGCAAUUCCAACACAAUUUUGCUGUCUUCUCCGAGACAUCUCUUCUUGACCUCCACUGGGACAACGUCGUUGUUGCUGGCUCUGCAGUCGUCAAUUGUCUCUUGCCUGUGCCCCACGAGUUCAAUAAAUCAAAACGAACGCUUAGGGAGUACUACCAUGAAAAGCUAUGUCCUGCAUCUGAUGUGGACCUUUUCAUUUACGGAUUAACUGAGGACGAAGCAAUUGAGAAAAUCAAGGAAAUCGAAGCCAGCGUCAAAGACUCCCUUCUCACCGAAUGCACCACAGUCAGGACCAAGCAUGCCAUCACCAUAUGCAGCCAAUACCCGACCCGCCACAUCCAGAUUGUCCUCCGUAUCUACAAAUCCGUCUCGGAGAUCCUCACCGGAUUUGACAUUGAUAGCUCCGGAGCAGCAUACGAUGGCAAACAGGUCUACUGCACGCCGAGGGCACUACAGUCCUACAUGACCCAGAUCAAUCAUAUCGACUUAUCCCGUCGCAGCCCGUCCUACGAGAACCGCCUCUCAAAGUAUAGCCAUCGCAAUUUCGAGGUGUACUGGCCAGAUCUUGACAGGUCUCGCAUUGACCCAACCAUCUUUGAGCGCAACUUCCGCCGAACCCUUGGUCUAGCCAGACUUUUGGUCCUCGAACGUCUGCCGACCUCAUCUGCAAGGGACAAUUACCUCGCCAAGCGCCGCGAGGAAAGGGGCAGGCCCCCGAUUGACCGCGACUUCUGGUCUGGUGGACUCAGGGGUAACAUCAAGGAUUGCCAUGAGGAUGAGGUUGCCGACUGGGUUAAUGAGGAAGAAGUGUCCAACUACCACACGUUCACCAUCCCUUACGGUGUCAAAUUCCAUGCAAAAAAGAUAGAAAAGCUUUGCUACACCAGGGACCUACUCCUCAAUGCGGAAUGGAAUCAGCCCAAAGAUCGUAAAGUUUAUCUUCAUCGGCACCCUGCUUUCUUUGGGCGGGUCACUGAUAUCAUUGAGGAUUGCUGUGGCUUCUGCCCGACUCCACACACCGAGGAGGAGCUCGCCGUACAUGGAGAAGAGAGCAAUGUUUAUGUCUCCGGCCGUAUCUCAUUCAUCAAGGACGACCCUGGAAGACAGCAGAUUGGCUCCUUCAAUCCUCUCAGUGAUGAUGAUUGGACAGAGAUGGCCUAUGUUGGAAAUACUGCCCGUCUGUGCCAGGCCAUCGUGGACUUGGAUGCCGAGCAUGUUGAAGAUUGGCUCGCGCAAGAAGGUGCUGAUGUCAACCAAAGGGACUACACCGGCCGCACGCCUCUACACCUGGCCGUCACGAGCUCAACGCCCGAGAUAGUUGCCUUGUUGAUCAAGGCUGGAGCUCGUCUGAUUGCAAGACUUGCUGAUGGACGCACGGCACUACACCUCGCAGCUGUCAGAGGCGAUGUGGGGAUAGUGAAGAUGCUGAUGGACAAGAGCAACGAGAAUGAGGCCGAGGAAGAGAUGAAGCGUGAUCGUCGCCGCAAGUCAACUGCGCCGGCUUUAUCUGAACAAGAAGAACAACCAGAAACGGAAGAUGAAGAAGCCGAAGACAAUGACAGCGAAUCGGCAGAGCUUCUGAGCGACGAAUGCUCGGAAGAGGAUGACGAAGCGCAUAGCAUGGCCACCGGUUCUUUUGUAAAGAUCAAGCGCAAAGGUGGCGACUCAGACAAUCAAGACUUCAUCCCUGAAGAGAAGAAGGACGACCCGGAUAUCUACGACGUUAAUGUUAUCGCAUGGGAUACGCCUUGCUCUGCUCUUCACCUCGCCGUCGUCUCGGGUAACGACGAUGUCGUAAAGCUGCUAUGUCAGCAGUAUGGAGCAGACGUGCUACUACCAGUCAAAUACUUUGGCCACGACAAGAAACCUACAGCUGCGCUUCUCACACUUGCCAUGGCGCUCAAGCUUCCCGGCGAGAAAGCGAAAAACAUGGUGAAGACUUUACUCAGUUUGGGGGCAACAUCUGCCCAGGCUGAUAUGAAUAGUUUCACCUGCUUCCACCAGUAUGCAGAAGCGGGCGCUACAGAACUUCUUGAUCUUCUGAAUGAACUUGACCGCGCUGGCGUCAACAACUCCAUAAACCACGUGGCUGUGUUUCGUUACGGCAAGUCGUUUGGGCCCCUGCAGUCAGCAAUCAAGAACGGUGAUACAGAACUCGUCGUACACCUGCUUGAAGCUGGAGCGGUCGCUCAAAUUGACUUUGAGACGUGGCUCAAGGGCGCGAAGCAAUCUUCAGACUAUAAACUUGUCAGCGCCUCUGAAAGUGAAAAGUUUUUCAGGCGGUCGACAGAGCAGCCAAUAAUUCUUGCGGCCCUCUAUGGACAUCCGUUCAUUAUGAUGGAGCUGCUUAACCGUGGGGCGGAUGUGAACACCAUCAACGCGCAAAGUCAGGAUCUGCUUGAUCCUACUUCUUACAGUCGCGGAUAUAAUUCAGGGCAGACCCUCUUGGAUAUUCUCCGCAAGCAGCUCGAAACCCUACGUUUGUACAAGGGCGAGGAGCCCAGCAUGCCUGAACCAUUGCCAUUUAUGGGUGACGAUAAAGCUCUCGAGGGAGCCAAGCCCGGAUCCUGGAAGCAUCUUGUUGUAACAACAGACAUCGAGGCUGCCCGUCAAGAGCAUGCUGAGCGCGUAAAGCUCCACGAGAUUCUGGUUCGCCAGCUUGAUGCUCUAGAAGGCCUACAAGAGAAGAAGACGGCCAUUCUGAAUCUUGUACAGGCAUUCGAGCAAGUCGAGUCUAUCAUUGUCGAGAAAGGUGGAAAGACCUUUUCUGAGCUCUAUCCAGAUAUCCCAGCCGGCUCAAGACGACGUUUCCACUCUAGGAACAGGGUUGAUUAUAACAGCGACGUUCCAUACGAGUUCAAUCACGGCUUUCAUCCGGUCAAGGAUAUGACCCCUGUCCGAGAGGCGGCCUAUGUCCAACUAUUCGAGGCAGCCUGGGAUGGAGACUUGGAAACUAUAAAGCGGUUGACCCUCGGGGCGUGGGAUGCUGACCAACUUGAAGCGCCGUUGAUGAUAUCGGUCAAAGAUAAAAACCAUGCCAAUAUAUUUGGUCUCGCUUUUCUGCGGGGCCACUUGCAGGUCGCCAAGGCCAUUCUUGAAAUUUCCCAGGCUCAAUACGCACCCGAGGAGACGACAACCACCAAGUUUACUAUGAGGGAUCCUGGUUAUGACUCGGAGGGUUCUGAGCUCUCAGAGGGUGAGACAGACGAGCCUCGGAUUUAUAAGCACAUUGUUGACGACAAGUUCACAAUCGACAACAUCGGGGAGAUCUCCAUGCAGGUCAAGAGUCGGAUCAAGCCUUUGGAUAUGCUUCUUCAAGCCUCCAGCCCCUUCCCUAUCGUAAGCGAUGAGGACAAAGAGCAGAGAAAUCAGUCGCUGUUUCUCUAUGUUAUCGCACAGAAUGAUCUGAAUGGUCUGUCCUUCCUCCUCGACACGGCCACACUGCUGUCUGGACAGAAACUUGACUCUGAAACUGAAACAACUCGCUUCUUUGCUUGCCCGGGACGUAUCUUGGACUGGGCCAUCGAGAAAGGACGCACUGAGUUACUGGCUGAGAUCAUCAAGACUACCGGCGCGGGUCUGCCAUUGGAGGACUUGGUUAAGCGCAGCGGUGCUAAGAUGAUUGAAAAGCCCAAGAGCUAUCAAGGUCUAACUGUGUACGGAAAGAAGAGAAAGGAUUGGGCAACUGCGGGAAGGGAUGUCAUGAUAAAGGCCCGAGAAUCCAACACUCCACCACUGCUCACUGCGGCCUCCUGCGGCUCGAUCGAGUCCGUUGAAUGGUUCUUGAGUGACACACCCCUGCGGCACUACCUGGAGUUUGCUAACAGUAAGGGUGCCCGUGAUGAUGCCCGGCUCAAGCACCUAGGGUCCACGACCGGCGGGGUGGAGAGAGCCAUCACCAAAUGGCUGGGAAACCAGAAUGAUCUUGUUAUGCACGCUGCCAUAAUCGGCGGCCCAAAGGGAGAAAAGACGAAGAAGCUCAUUCAAUACUUGAUCAAGGCCUACCCUGCAUCAAUGACCACAAAAUCUCGAGACGGCUACACUCCUUUUUACCUAGCUUGUCUUCGCGGCAGGACCGACAUCGUGGAGCUUCUGGCUUCCCACUCUGACCAAGCAGUCAAAGGACCACACUGGGAGAACAUAUUGCAUGCUGUUCUGAAGGGAUGUCCCAAGGCUGAUCAGCUCCGGUCAAUGCUGGAACUCUUCGAGCCGGACCUCCGCAAAGCCAUGUUCAAGGAGCGAUGUAGCCUGUCGGCUGAUGGACGAACUCCCCUUCACCAGUGGAUAGAGAAGGCUACUACUGGGCAUAACCAGAAUUGGAGGGGAUCUUGGCCGCAAUACAAAAAGCCCGAGGAUUUGGUUGCGGUCCUGAAGUUGCUGCUCGAGUAUUCGGGUGGCGAGGAGCUCGCCAUGCUGGACGGAACUGGUGACACGCCUUUGCACAUGCUAAUCUCAAGGCAGGCUCCUUUGGAGAGUAUCAAGCUGAUUCUUGAGAUGGAUGCCAACCUGCUCUUUCGCGAGAACGCAGUGGGACGGACACCUGCCGAGUUGGCGCACGAUAUAUUUAUCGAAACGCGCAUCGGCACGCGCAACAGCGGGAAUGAUCGUCGUUACUACAACAACGACCGGUUUGAGGGGCUCGACACCCUGAUCAAGAUGCGUCCGUCUUUCUUCCUUCCGGAGCAGCAGGUCAAGUUCAAGCAGCGGCGCAUGCAAGACCUGACUUUUAUGAACGGCCAAACCUCGGAUGACCAGUGGCGCCAGUACCAGGGUCAGUGGGCGGCCGAGAUUCGGGAGCGUAAAGAGGACAUUCAUCAGAUGUGCCUUGCGUACUCGAAUGGUAAACGGCGUCUCGUGAGCCUGAACGAGGCCAAUGACGUCGCAAGGAGGCUCGGCGAGAGUUUCCAGCAGGGUCGAUACUACUCUGGGAUGCCCAAGGGACAUGAUGACGGCGCAGCAAGCGAGGCUGGGCUGGAGCAGGAGGAGUACAAGCCUUCGCAGGACUUUGUGCAGGAGACAUAUCACUUGAUUGAGUCAAACUGGUGGUCAGACGAUUAG